CCACUCCGCGCAUGCGUGGCCGCCUAUCCCCCGCCCCACCCGGCUCCGAGGGCCGGCCCAAUCGCGCGACGCGCAGGCGCGGUGCGGCCGAGGCGGCUGGCUUCCUGGGGCUCGCGCGCUUGCCUCUCGCGGCAGCGGCUGCGGUGUCGGCUCCGCUUUACGCGGCCUUCCCCCCUUCGGCGGGCCCUGAGCGGGCCGGGCGGCCCUCGACCCAGGCCUCGGCAUGCGUCGCCCCGAGCUGUCGUCGGCCGAUGGGACCGAGGCGAGGUGCAGGUCCCUGAUUUCCAGUGGCGUUUCCAGGAGUUCCAGUGAACAGGUCCCGGACAAGCGAAUGCUAGUGGUGUGCAUAGAACCAGCAUCUGCCAGUUAGAAGGUGUGGGUUAAGGAGAGAUGGAACCGGUGCAGCAAGGAGAAUUUUCCAAAGCGGAAACCACUGUAUGGCAAGAGGCAGAGACAACCAUAGGCAGUUUGGAUUCUUAUCUCGGGUACAAAGAGCUCUGGCUCGCUUGACAUCCUUGUUUCCGGCUGUUCAACACGAUGACUCUUGAUGGGAUAAACGUUACAUCAAACAUGGCUACGUGCAUCUUGAAGGCCCGAGGGAACAGCAAGAUGUCAGAGUAACGCUCACGCUCCUUGUCAGGGCUCGACCAGAAAACCAUGCAGUCAUCUGGGCAUAGGUUCCGCGAUCUCGAGCAUCAUCCUCUGCUUGCGGAAAAUGACAGCUACGACUCGUCCUCGCCGUCCGAGGCCGACAUGGCCGACAGGGUUUGGUUCAUCCGCGAUGGCUGCGGGAUGGUCUGCGCGGUGAUGACAUGGCUCCUCGUGGUUUAUGCGGACUUUGUAGUCACCUUUGUCAUGCUGCUGCCUUCCAAAGACUUCUGGUACUCCCUGAUCAAUGGGGUCCUCUUCAACUGCCUGGCCGUGCUUGCGUUGUCCUCCCACCUGAGAACGAUGCUGACCGAUCCCGGGGCUGUUCCCAAAGGAAACGCCACACAAGAGUACAUGGAAAACCUGCAGCUGAAGCCAGGCGAGGUGAUCUACAAGUGUCCAAAGUGCUGCAGCAUUAAGCCGGAACGCGCCCACCAUUGCAGUAUUUGCAAGAGAUGUAUCCGGAAGAUGGAUCACCACUGCCCGUGGGUCAACAACUGUGUCGGGGAGAGAAACCAGAGGUUUUUUGUGCUGUUUACUAUGUACAUAGCUCUAAUUUCAGCUCAUGCACUCAUCCUGUGUGGGUUUCAGUUCUUCUCCUGCGUCAGAGGGCAGUGGAUUGAAUGCAGUGACUUCUCCCCACCCGUGACGGUGAUCCUGCUGAUCUUCUUGUGCCUUGAGGGUUUUCUGUUCCUUACGUUUACCGCAGUCAUGUUUGGUACCCAGAUCCACUCAAUAUGCAACGACGAAACGGAGAUUGAAAGACUGAAGAGCGAGAAACCCACGUGGGAACGGCGACUACGCUGGGAGGGCAUGAAAUCUGUCUUUGGGGGCCAGCCCUCCUUGCUCUGGAUAAACCCUUUUGCUGGAUUUCGAAUCAGACGGCUGAUGCUGAAAGCAAAGAAAGGAGGUCCUGAGUUUUCCGUUUGAGCCUGCCAAAUCAUGCUGGAUCUCAUAAAAGAUAAAGGAAAAAGAAGAAGCCAGUAGUAUGUUGUAUUUAUGAAACAUGUUGCUUGUAGCAAGCAGAAUUUUAUACAUUUAUAGCCACAGACAUCUCAUUAACUUCCGGAAGGGUAAACUAAAGACUACCAUAUAUGGCUUUUGAGCAGGAUAACCGAAACAAAACACAACCCCAGGCAAGGUGGACACUAAAGAAGCCAAAAUAUCGUCUUACUACUGUAACUUAUUAUUUUAGAGAUCUAAUUAUGCAUUAUUUUUGUCCCUUUUUAUUUGAUAUGUGUGUCUUUUUCUUUCUUUCUUUUUUUAAAAAAAGAGUUGACCUCUGCUGUUUUUAUAAGACUGUGUACUAGAAUGCAUUAGUCAAUCAUGAUACGCAAGAGUAAUGCUGGAAAUUAUGGGCUGGGAGCAAUCUUUUUUUUGUCCCUAUAGUCUUCAGGAGCUGCUCAACUCCAUCUUGUAUAUUUCUGCGCGUGAAUAUCUCAACAGGCCUGUGCUCUGGGACUGCAUAGCAAAAAAUAUACAAAGCUGCUCAGUGCCCAGCAUUUCUCUAGGUGCAUAACAGAGUAUUCCUCUUUAGGAUUCCAUUGCAAAUGCUAAAUGUGCAACAAUCAUGUCGCUGGCCUAUCUCUCGCGCAGAGAUGUGCACCAUCAUCAAGGGGACACCUCUUUUACCACUUGGGUGUACCUGGAGAUGGCUCUUUGUUUGUAUAAAGAAAGAGGGACAGAAUCUUCCUGUGGAAUGAAUGUAUUGCAGAUUAGAAGUAUCUCAAUCCAGCCAACCAUCUCUGUUGCUUCCUUGCACAAAUUUUGUCACAACUAGGCUGUCGAAGUUGCUGCUCCCAAGUAAGCAGGCUUAAAGGCUUUAGUCAUAGCCCAUGGCCUGCCAAACACAUUUCAAACAUGCUUGCAGCCAGAUUCUAAGCAUGCUAUUUAGAAGUCAGCCGUACAGGUUCCCAGAGUUGACCGCCACAUUGUGACUGGCGCCACUCGGCAUGCAUGUGCAAGCUUUAUUGUUCACGUCAGUGGCAAAGGCAUCGCUGGAUGCCCACAGGGGUUGCAUGCGACACAGCUCCCUGGGGUAGUGGUCGGCACCACUCUUGCGUGUGUGGACCCCUCUGAGCUCCCACUCAAAGAAGGAGUUCUCAGAUUGUGGCUCAGGUGUGUCUAGAACUCUGCUGCUGAGUGGCAGUCCACACAACCACCUUGGAGCCCCACCAACACCUCUGCUUUGUGAAUUGUGGCUUUGCUUGCUUCGCCUGAUCAGAAAUGAGGUGUGCCAUGUUCAGCGGGUAGAAAUCUGUGUCAAGGAGGGCGCUGGAAUGUUGGCAGGUUGCCGUAUUCCAACCCAAACGCCUUCCAAGCUAGACAAGCAAGUUGCAUAUUAGCUUUUACUGUCCCUUGUGGAAUGAAAGAUGUGCAGUUUGAAUGUGCUCUUGAAUCUGCAAGUAAUGAAAUUUGACCUGAAGUCGGCAAGCUGUAUCCUAAAGGAGAAUAUCAUCCUCAAUUGGGCUUUCCCCCCAUUGGCUUUAUGACCUGCCGCACAGUGAUUAAAGUUGGCGCUUCAGUGUAAAUCUUCAAUAUAUGUGCCAAGAAGAUUGAAACAAAAAGAAACUUUCUAUUGUGAAACUUUCCUUAACUUACCCAAGUUGAGCUUUUGCUUUACCAAUGGCCCCUGGCAUGUACAUGUUUAAGUGUCUUCCCAUUUCACUGCUGGAAUCCCAAGGAAGGCACAUUAUGUGUGGCAGAUACCACCCUGGGAGUAGCUGGAGUUUUGCCUCUUUCAACCCAGCACUUCCCACAGCUGAAGAGAAAAGCCAUUUGUCGGCGUAUGGAGUGGCUUGCCUCUUCUACAAGAAGGGCUGCUGCACUGAAAAAUGACAAAGUUCCUGCCAUACAUGUGCCCAUCUUUUAUUUUGGAUUCCAGCCCAUAAGUUUACUAUCCAAUAUAAAGUUUAAUGCUUUGUCUAUAUGCCUCUCCACGGCAUCUUAGCAUAUAAUGGACUCAUUCACACGGCUGAAAACUGGAUAGGAGAAGCGUCCUGCCCAAUCUUGAGAGCUGUGCGCACUCCUGUUUUCUGCUGGGGGGGGUGGGUAGGAGGUGCUGGCAGUGGUUGUCAGCUAGUCUCCUGCUGGGUAGGAGAGCUUUUCUCCUGCCUCGUUCAGUAGCUUUAUCAUCAUGUGAAUGAGUUUAGUGACUUGAAUCAGGUCUCACACCAGAGUAUGGAAGUGCAGUCAAAGGGCCUUUCUGCACCUCCAGCUGGCACUUCAACAUCAAACCAGAAGUGUGUGGAGUCAGUGUGUGGAUGGGGAAGAGGCCAGGUUCAAGCUACAUAGCGAGCCAUCCAUCCUUUCCAUGUGGUAAAGGAGCAAGCAUGUGCCCUUCUCCGUCACAUACACACACACACACACACACACACACACACACACACAAUGUGUGAGGCAUGCAUAUGUGUGAUUCCAGUUUACAUCGUUCUCUUUUUGAGACGGGCUCCUGUGUGGCGAGUCCAGCUUGCAUUUCACAAUAUGUACAAGCUGAAGGAGGAGGGAUCUCAUUGGCUUCUCCAUCACAGGAAGGGGAUCGCCGGGCCACUAAACACAUGAAGCCGUCUGUCAAUGCACAUGUCAAUAAAGCUGCUACGCCUCUGUCCCCUCGCACAGCUUGCCUCCCCCAACAACUGCCAUCGAAGCACAUGGUAUUCACCUCAAUUUUGCAGGAGCUGUGAGGGCCAGGGAUGUUGAGCAAGGCCUCAAAAGAUCCUGUGCAAAACAGAACCGAAUUCAUGCAGGUAAUUCUUCAGUUCUGGAUGUAUUCCCAGUUCUUUGGAGCCGGUGUGCCAAAGAGAAGUGGCAAGCAAUGAAAUCAAACUUGACAUCAAUUCUGUAAAUGUGGACAACUUAAGAUCCUUAGCAAUUUCCUUUUUGCACCUUCUGCUCUGGAGGUUGGUUAUAUCUGCCUUUAUCACAAGACUCUUUGGACGUACGCCGUUGGGUGAACUCUACUGCUGGAACUCGACAAACCCUCUGAAGCAGCUGAAUCUGUGUGUGACCCUAGCCAGUGUGUGUGGUGUGUAUGGAAAUGGAGUUUCUUGGCUUUUCAAACCCUUGUUCUGUUGUAAUUUUUUUAAAUGUAAAAUAAAGGAACUAGUUGAA